AUGGCGAGAAUUAAGAACCAUAGCCUGACUGCACCUAUGCUGCAGGUACAAGGUAUGGAUUCUGGAUACCUUAGCAAACAACCAGGUGUAAUGGUUGCUAAUGCAUUAAUUGCGGGAAUCCACGUGGAACAAAAUAAUGGACGUAUGCCCAUUUCAUUGGUUAACAAUACUAACCAAACUAUAAGGUUAAACAAGGGUUGUUUAGUAGGAAAGGUGGAGCCUGUUGAACAUGAUGAGGUACAUGAUUUAACUCCACCCACUAAAAAUAUCUCAGAGGUUUCUAUUGGCAAUUAUAAUGUGUCAAAAGUGUAUACUAACAAUGACGACUGUUUUAAAGAUAUAGAUGUCCCAGACAUACAUAGGUCAAAGGUUAUAGAUAUAUUGACUAAUUAUAGAGACAUAUUUGCUACAAAUGAUAUGGAAUUAGGACAAACGGACACUGUUAAGAUGAAAAUUGACAUAGGUGAUCACUCACCUAUAAAACUACGACCUUACCGAACACCACUAAACAAAAGGCAGAUUGUUGACAAAGCUAUUGAUGACAUGCUAGAAUCUGAAGGUUCCGAUUCUGAGUAUUCAGAAGAUGACGAAUUGCCUCUUAGUGAACUAAUUAAGAAAUACCGUAGGGUACGAGAAAACUCGUCGAGUGAAGAUGACAUACCACUCAUGGAAAUGGCGCAACGAAUUAGAGUAGAAAAUGACAGCGCCAAUGAUGAUGAUGUUGGCAAUCCGGAUGAUGCCUCAUCAAAUGAUAUGGUGGUUGCCUAG